UGCGCGCGUUGAUCACCGGCGACACGUUGACCUCGCUCUCAGCAGAGAGUCUCCUAAGCUUUCGCCGGUUUCGUUGUUUACAAUGGAAAACCAAACGCUGAUGUCAGCUGUCCUGCGCUGUUUUUGCACCGUUACGCUGGUGCUGCUCGUCACCAGCAGCUUCCCGCUGCUUAGGUCUUCUCUGGGAGCCUCCAGUGCGCUGCACAACCUGGGCGACUUCACGUACCCGUACGACAGCAUCUUCUCCCCGCUGGUCAAGGCGCUGUCAGAGCACGGGGGGUCGAGGUGGAACCCGGGCCUGAAGAAGAAGAUGAAACCCGAGCACAAGUACAUGAAAUACCUGAAGGAGGUCUUCAAGAUGUCCUCCAGGGGGAAGAGGAUCGUGGACGGGAAUAAAAUCUACAACACUGUCCGAUUGAUCAAGCCGCAGGACGAGUGUCUUGCGCAGAGAAAUAGAGAAAGUUUUAUGCAGGAUUUGUCCUACAGCCUUGACCAAGUCAGGACGAAAGAGCAGCUUCUGAAGUCGGCCCUGCUGUACAACUUUGACCACGACCACCCGACACCCGUCAGCUCUGUGUGUUACCUGAGCAUCAAGGAGCGGGAGCAGUCGAACCAGUGCCAGUUGUGUCCCGGGAUCCACCGUGCGGUGAACUUCACAGCCGGUGCGGACGGCAAGAGCUGGAGGAACUGGGUGGAGGUUGACAUUACCGUGUUUCUUCAGCCUCUCUUAAAGUUUCAGAAGAAGAAUAUACACCUGCUCCUCAACAUCACCUGCCCGGAGGAACAAAGAGUCGGGGCCGACGGGCGCAAAGGCCCCCUGGAGUUCACCCUGAGGUCCCCUCCUCUGCUCCUUUACCUCAACGACACCAGCAAAAUCGCCCACCAGAGGCCCCCAGCUGGAUCAAACACAUUUCAGAAGCCGAUGGUUUUUAAACCAGAAAAGGAUAAGAAGAGGAGAUGGAAGAGAGAAUCUCCAAAGAGCAAACGAGGAGAUAAAAGCCUGGACAUCCACCUGCCGGAGCUUCUUCCAAGUUCCGAAUUCCCGACCAGUGACUGUGCGUUGUAUGAUUUCAGGGUGAAAUUCAGUCAGCUCAAACUGGACCACUGGAUUGUUUUCCCACCAAAGUACAACCCCAGGUACUGCAGAGGCAUCUGCCCAAUGGCUGUGGGCUUCUUCUAUGGCUCACCCUUCCACACCAUGGUGCAAAACCUCAUCUAUGAGAGGCUUGACUCCUCUGUGCCCAGACCCUCAUGCAUCCCCUCCCACUACAGCCCCCUGAGUGUCAUGAUCUUCGAAGAGGACGGCUCUUACGCCACCAAGGACAUCGAAAACAUGAUCGCCACCAGAUGCACGUGUCGCUAAGUCAGCUGCCAACAUAUGUCUUCUGUUUUUUCUUUCUUGUUUACAGGCUGAAUCGAAACAUCACCAGAGACUACCUCGUCACAGGUGGACUAAUUCCAAGCAUCAAAUAUUCUGACCAGGCUCAGUGAUUUCAUGAUUCUAUAAAAUUGUUGGGCACGAAAGAAGUUUGAUCUGGAGCAGGUGUGUUUACUUAAAAUAUUUUAUCGUGAUGUACAAGUGUGAAGUUUGUUUCCUUUUUGUUAGGAUAUGGUUGGAAAGGGUGCAGACGCAUCCUAUUGUUCAACUCCCUGUUUGCAAUUUGGUAGUGAAUAUAACACACCUGAAGGAAAUGUGUGAUAUAUGAUUUUUUUUAAGUUUGAUUUUCGUUAACUUAUUUUGGGUGGGUAGUCCGUAAUUAUUCUUUAAUUUAGCACAAUUGCCAAAUUUUAAGUAGCCCUGUUCUAGACGACAACGGAAAAAAAAAGGGAGAAGAAAAAGCAGUCACAAACUGUUAUCAAACCUUUUACAUAUCAUUUUAUUCCUGGAGAUUACAGGACAGCUGUCUGAAAGGCAGCCGUCCUCGUAAUGUCCAGAAUGAAAGCUGUCAUGGUUUCAUUGUAUAUUUAUUACUUCUGGUCACUGAGUGACUGCAUACGUGUGAACUGACCGCAUGCUCAUGUAUUUGUAUUGGUUGAAUGUGACUAAAUGCAUAUCAUGUCUAUUUAUGCAAACUGAAUGAAUUCACUGCGUGUCUGUGCUCAGCUUAAGAAUAUUCAAAAGAAUGAACGUCUGUAGACAUUUUCUAAAAA